AUGAAAAUAUUUAGUAGUGCUUCUAUGCUUAGUAAUCCAUUCCAACGCGACAGACCCCAAUCGUUCAGCAGUAAUCAUUUCAGAGACGCUCAGCAUGAGGGUCGUAUAACUUACGAAAGGAGAGGACGAAUGAAAAAGAAGAAAACACGCUAUGUAGUGUUGACAAAAGAACACUUGUUGAAAUUUAGUGAUCCUAAGAAUGCAUACGAAGUAUCCGAGAAGUGGCUAAUAGAUUCAACGACAAAUUAUUUUAAAGAUAUACCCUCAGCGCACGUUCUCAUACAAUUGAAAUGCAUUGUUUCUAUACGACACAAUACGAUAGAAUGGGUUGGAAAACUGAAAGAAACAUUGAAGGAGUUAAGCUCUUUUAAUGACGAUUUAGGAAGAGCAGUUGCAUACGAUUUAGGAGGUAUUGAUAGUCAGUCCAAAAAGUCGUUUGAAGGACGAACACUAUAUCGAGUACUCUUUGCAAGAUCAGAUUCUAUUAUUAAUUCAAAAGACACGUACUUUGAGAACGCGCAACUGUCUCUGCUCGCUAUUGGUGAGACACGCAUUCACUUCAUUACUAAUGGAAAUGUUAGGACAGAUGGACUAUUAAUUAUUAAAAAAAUUAUUGUCGAUGGGCUUGAUGAUACCGUUCAGUUAAUCUUGCAAUCUCCACUCGAACCGGCAUAUAGUAUUCUCAUAUCCUCAGUUUGUUCGGAAUUAAUAAUAGCUGGCAUUCGACAGGCGAUAGCAACUCUCGCCCCUUUCUAUGAAAUUCCAAUAAAAGGUACAGCGGCAGCCCAUGUGAAGCAGCAGGAACUACCAGCAACGGCGUCUGUAGGCUGUGAUGAAUCAUUUAAAACUCUUCUCAAAGCAUACUGUGAUGCACUGUUAAUAGAUCCUAACAGGAUCAUAAUAACUACUACCUCUCAAGGGAAUAUUGAUCCUGCUGGAUUGCAAAUAACUGUUUGUUCGCCAAAAAAUCAUAUUAAAGACCCGUACUCUGUGAAAGAACUCUUUGCUAUUUUUCGCUCUCUCCGGUGUAAUACAUCAAUAAUCGAGAUUAGCUUCAAGUCAGUGGAUUUAUCCAAUCUCGAAGUAGUCGAUAAUAACAUCGUAGACGUUCAAGAAGAUCAAAAUGGUAUGGACGUAUUCCUUAACGGCGUCACAAUGCUAACAAGUGAGCUAUAUUAUCUAAUUACAACGAACAACUAUCUGAUAAAACUCGAUCUAACUGACUGCAACAUUAAGGCGAAUAAUGUUAGACUGGGUGCCUUAGCCGCAAUUGGACUGGCGAUUAAUACUGGCAAAACUAAACUGGAAAUGUUACAUCUUGGAGGAAAUGUGAUAACAAAACCUGAUAGAUUGGUUAUUGAACAGGGUAUAAGAGAACGAGAACAAGCGAUCAAAGAGUUAGAUAUUUCAUCUCCACCACCACAAAAUAGAUCGCAGACUGACUCGGAGAAUCCUAUGAUGAGGACGGAAUGUGUUUUCAAAAUGAUCCAAGUCUUAUUGGAUUUGGAUGUUGUUCGUGAUACUCUUGAAUAUUUGAAUAUAUCAAAUAAUGAGUUGAGCAGCAACGUGGUAACAGCAUUGGCCGAGUUUACUGCGCUCAAAACGUUCAAAAUGGCUAACAUGAAAUGUACAACUGCAUUCGAUCUAACCCAGAUAUCAUCAAACGUCCUGGAAGAACUUGAGCUCAGUGGUACGCCACUCACUCCAAAUACCAUCGAUGUGCUGAGUUCGUUCAUUCGAGAAAGCAGCUCUGAUUGUUUGAAGACCCUGUCUAUUGAAAAUUGCCAAGUAAAUAGUGAAGCGUUUGACAAACUAUGUUCUGCAAUAAGUGAAUCGCAAAAGCUAAAUAUUGAAUUGAACGUUGGAAACAAUCCUCUUUUAAAAAAUUUUGGCGUUUUUAUCAAUAUAUUUCGGCAGAACAAGACACCAUACUAUCUGUCUAUUGAUUCCAUCUCAUGGGAGGGAAGACGGUUAGUCAGUUUAUUUGACGAAUUGGGGCAUAAUACUAGUCUCAAGUCAUUGAGUAUAGCUAAGCCUAUAUUUGGAGAUGCGAGUGGCAAUGCUCAGAUGGGGGAUGAUACCGUUGCUCCGAUGAAUGACGAUGUUGCUAGGGCCAUGUCUGAGUUUUUGACGAAGAAUAAGACGCUUGAAGAGUUGAACAUAAGCGGAAAUGGUAAAAAUAUGUAUGGACAUAAGUUGGCAAUAGCGUUCGAUGGAUUAGAAAAGAAUGGAAAUUUGAAGAUUAUCGAUGUGAGCGGGAAUAAUUUGGGGAAGACUGGAAUUGCUUCUUUUUCUAGAGCGAUAUCAGCGAACAUGUCAUUAAAGGAAAUUUUCAUUGACGACAACCAAAUUGAGGAAGAAGGUCUUAAUAUUCUCCUAGAUGCUAUAAUAUCAAAAAACACGAGUAUUAUUCGAUGCCCGCAUCCAUCUAAAGAUCUUAGACAACUUUCUCGAAGUAUUCUAACGAGAUUGCAAAACAGUGCUUUCCAUAUAGCAAGAAUGGAAGCCGCCAUAACAAUCGCUAUUGGGUCGACACGCGCUAAUGAGAAGGCAACACUAACUGAGAUGAGACGUCUCCACAAGGAGUUACAGAAUUUAGAAGUUGGUAUAAAGACAAAGUUGGAUGAGCUUGACAGGGUACUACGUGCUAGAGAAGAACGUGACAAGAUGUGGCCCGAUUGA